GGCGGGCUUUUUGAUGAAGGGCCGGCGGUGGGAAAGAUGGCGGCGGUUGUGAGACCCUCCUGGUGGCGGCGGUGGCGGCUGCGCGCGUGGGCUCGGGACGGGGCCAGGCUAUGGCUCCUUCUCCUUUUGUUGGGGUCUGUGCAGGGGCCGUGGCACGUCAGGGCGGGCCAAGCGGUGGAGUACUUGAAACGGGAGCACUCGCUGUCGAAGCCCUACCAGGGUGUGGGAACGAGCAGUUCUUCGCUGUGGAACCUGAUGGGCAAUGCCAUGGUGAUGACCCAAUAUAUCCGACUCACUCCAGAUAUGCAAAGUAAACAGGGUGCCUUGUGGAAUCGGGUGCCCUGUUUCCUGAAAGACUGGGAACUGCAGGUGCACUUCAAGAUCCAUGGACAAGGGAAGAAGAAUCUGCACGGAGAUGGCCUGGCAAUCUGGUACACAAAGGAUCGGAUGCAGCCAGGGCCUGUGUUUGGAAACAUGGACAAAUUUGUGGGGCUGGGAGUGUUUGUAGACACCUAUCCCAAUGAGGAGAAGCAGCAAGAGCGGGUAUUCCCCUACAUCUCAGCCAUGGUGAACAACGGCUCCCUCAGCUAUGACCAUGAGCGGGAUGGACGGCCCACAGAGCUGGGGGGCUGCACAGCCAUUGUCCGAAAUCUCCGCUAUGACACCUUCCUUGUGAUUCGCUAUGUCAAGAGGCAUCUGACGAUAAUGAUGGAUAUUGAUGGCAAACACGAGUGGAGGGACUGCAUUGAGAUGCCUGGGGUCCGUCUCCCCCGGGGCUAUUACUUCGGCACUUCCUCCAUCACUGGGGAUCUCUCUGAUAAUCAUGACGUCAUUUCGAUGAAGUUGUUUGAGCUGACUGGGGUGAGGACCCCAGAAGAAGAGAAGCUGCAUCGUGAUGUAUUCCUGCCUUCAGUGGACAAUCUGAAGCUACCUGAGAUGACCGUACCACCAGCACCCCUGAGUGGCCUGGCCCUCUUUCUUAUCGUCUUUUUCUCCCUGGUGUUUUCUGUGUUUGCCAUUGUUAUUGGUAUCAUACUCUACAACAAAUGGCAGGACCAGAGCCGAAAACGCUUCUACUGAGCCUUCUGCCAUCUGUCCCUCGGUGAUGUUUACCGUGAGGUGUGGAUCUGAGCAUACAGCCCGGGAAGUCUGCCUAAGUCACCAGCUGUCCAGGGACUGUGUUCUGUCACUGGGACUUUGAAUGCAGUGACCCUGCAUUCUCAUGGUCAUCCACGGGAACAUCUCACUGGCCCAAGACGCCACCCACAGGGCCAAGCAGCUGUGACGUGCCUUUCCCUGCAGUCCUUCCACUUCGGAGUGAAAAGACAUGGAGAAAUAGAGAUUGUGAUGCCUAAAUCACAGAACUGGACAGCUC